AUGAAUAUAAAGAAUCUAAAGGAUAUAAGGGACAAAAAACCUUUCGACGAUUUAAUGGGCAUAAAUAAACCACAAAUUUGUCCAAAAAUGAAAGCAUGCUUCGACUUAGACGUAAAAGCUGUACAUGAAGAAAGACCAGUCUUGAGUUCACAAUACACACGUUAA